AUGCCACUAAAAGACCCCAACGACGGCGCCCUCCGCGCCCUCAUCGAAAAAUACCGCCCCGAAAUGAGAACCUUCGAAGGCUUCUACCGCAACCUCCACAGCUUCCCCGAACUCUCCGGGCAGGAAGAACGCACCUCCACCACCGCCGCCGAAUACCUCAACAGCCUUGAUUUUGAAGUCCACACGCAUAUUGGCGGAUACGGUGUCGCUGGUGUAUUCCGGAACGGCGAUGGACCGACCGUCCUGCUACGCGCGGAUAUGGACGCGCUGCCUAUGGAGGAGGAGACGGGCGUUCCGUAUGCGAGUACUCGCGUGAUGAAGGAUAGGAACGGUGUUGAGCGACCUGUUGCGCAUGCGUGCGGGCAUGAUUUCCAUGUUACUGCUAUGGUUGCCGCGACGUCGCUUUUGCAUUCUGCGAAGGAGGAGUGGGGUGGGACACUGGUUGUUGUAUUCCAGCCGUCGGAGGAGGAAUUGAAUGGGGCGAAGGGGAUGAUUGACGAUGGGCUUUACGGGAAGAUUCCGAAGCCCGAUGUUGUGCUUGCGCAGCAUGUGCUUAAGAUGAGGGCGGGGAGUGUGAGUGUGAAGUCCGGGCGGUUGUUGACGGCCGCGGAUGCGUUUGAUGUGAGGAUCUAUGGGCGUGGUGGGCAUGGGUCUGCGCCGCAUACGACUGUUGAUCCAAUUUUGAUUGGGGCGUCGAUUGUGACGCGGUUGCAGGGGAUUGUGAGUCGGGAGGUGGCGCCUGGGGAGACGGCGGUUGUUAGCUGUGGGAGUAUUCAGUCGGGGCAUGCGUCGAAUAUUAUCCCCAGCGUGUUGGAUUUGAAGCUUAAUGUUCGGACCUACGAUAAAAAAGUGCGGAAGAACGUCAUCGCGUCGAUUAAGAGGAUUAUCGAGGCUGAGUGUCAUGCUGGACGAGCGGUUAAGGACGCGCGGGUCGAGUGUUCUAUUUCGUCGCCUGCUACGAUCAACGAUGAUGAGAUGGUUGAGCAGCUCAAGGGGACGUUUGGAAGUUAUUUCGAAGAGAAUAUGGUUGAGCCGGAGCCUGCUACUGCUAGUGAGGAUUUCAGUCUUCUUGCGACAGCUGUUGGUGCACCUUAUGUUAUGUGGACGUUUGGUGGUAUUGAUGAGAAGAAGUGGGAUGAGGCUGAGGCGAAUGGGACUCUGAAUGAGUUGCCUGGUAACCAUUCGCCGUAUUUUGCUCCGGCACUGCAGCCAACACUGCGUACGGGAGUAGAUGCGAUGGCUAUUGGCGCAUUGACGUUUUUGAGGCGCAAGAAUUGA